CAGUUGUUUGGCAGUGAACGACCAGAGAGGUGUUGCUGGCAGUGCAGGGAGGGUUUCAGUCGAUGUUGCUGUUCCUGGGCCGCAGGGUUCCGCUGUCAUUCGUACACAGAGUCACUACCUGCUGUCCAUCCUCACUAUCGAAGCCCAUUUGGCUCAUAAAACUUAGAUCUCUAACUAGCACCACACACCGCACCGUCUUCGUUAGCGCAGCCAGCCAAAACACAAGAAUCAUGCCCGAAAGGAGGCCCUUCGUACGGUUACCAACUGACGUUUACCCCGUCAACUACGGCUUGAGUCUGAAGCCUGACCUAAUCGACUUCACUUUCGAAGGGAAGCUGGAGGCUGUGGUGGAGGUGACACAAGCCACAAAUCAGAUUGUGAUGAACUGCGCUGACAUCGACAUCAUCACAGCUUCUUUUGCGCCACAAGGAGGAGAAGAAAUUAAUGCCACAGGAUUCAACUAUCAAAAUGAAGAUGAGAAAGUCACUCUGUCAUUUCCUAGUGCUCUACAGAAAGGCUCCGGCUCACUGAAGAUAGACUUUGUUGGGGAACUGAAUGACAAAAUGAAAGGAUUCUACAGAAGUAAAUAUACAGCUCCUUCUGGAGAGAUCCGCUACGCGGCUGUCACACAGUUUGAGGCCACGGACGCUCGCAGAGCUUUCCCCUGUUGGGAUGAGCCAGCUAUCAAAGCCACCUUUGACAUCACUCUGAUAGUUCCCAAGGAUCGAGUAGCCUUGUCAAAUAUGAAUGUCAUCGAUCGAAAGCCAUAUCCAGAGGAUGAAAACCUUGUGGAAAUAAAGUUUGCCACCACACCCAUCAUGUCCACUUACCUUGUAGCUUUUGUCAUUGGUGAAUAUGACUUUGUGGAGGGCCAGUCAUCAGAUGGUGUAACCGUACGUGUCUACACACCUGUUGGGAAAGCAGAACAAGGGAAAUUUGCACUGGAGGUUGCAACCAAGACCUUACCUUUCUACAAAGACUACUUCAGUGUUCCUUAUCCAUUGCCUAAAAUUGAUCUCAUAGCUAUUGCUGAUUUUGCUGCUGGUGCCAUGGAAAACUGGGGCCUUGUUACCUACAGGGAGACGGCGCUGCUAAUUGACCCGAAGAACUCUUGCGCAUCGUCCAGGCAGUGGGUGGCACUGGUGGUGGGACACGAACUCGCCCACCAGUGGUUUGGAAAUCUGGUCACCAUGGAAUGGUGGACCCAUCUGUGGCUUAAUGAGGGCUUUGCAUCCUGGAUUGAGUAUCUGUGUGUGGACCACUGCUUUCCAGAAUAUGACAUCUGGACCCAGUUUGUCUCAGCCGACUACACCCGUGCUCUGGACCUUGAUGCACUGGACAGCAGCCAUCCCAUAGAGGUGAAUGUGGGCCAUCCAUCAGAGGUGGAUGAAAUCUUUGACGCUAUCUCCUACAGCAAAGGAGCAUCUGUGAUCCGCAUGUUGCACAACUACAUAGGAGACGAGGACUUUAGGAAAGGAAUGAACGCCUAUCUUUUGAAGUUCCAGCAUAAAAACGCAUCGACAGAGGACCUGUGGGACUGUCUGGAACAGGCCAGUGGGAAACCCAUUGCUGCAGUGAUGGGAUCAUGGACCAAGCAGAUGGGCUUCCCCAUUAUCGUAGUGGACCAGGAACAGCAAGGCGAUGACCGUAUCCUCAAGAUAUCUCAGAAGAAGUUUUGUGCCAGUGGUCCACAUAAUGGUGAGGAGUGUCCCAACUGGAUGGUUCCCAUUAGUAUUUGUACCAGUGAGGACCCCAAAUGCACCAAGCUCAAGGUUCUGCUGGACAGACCCGAGACCACCAUCACCCUGAGCGGCAUCAACACAGAUCAGUGGAUCAAGAUCAACCCCGGUACUGUGGGCUUCUAUCGUAUCCAGUACAGCUCCUCUAUGCUGGAGAGUCUGCUCCCAGGCAUCAGAGACCUGAGCCUGCAGCCUGUGGACCGGCUCGGCCUGCAGAACGACCUCUUCUCCCUGUCUCGUGCAGGGAUGAUUAGCACAGUCGAAGUGCUCAAACUGAUGGAAGCAUUCGUCAAUGAGCCAAACUACACAGUGUGGAGCGACCUGAGUUGUAACCUCGGGGUGCUGUCCUCGCUACUGUCCCACACCGACUUCCAUGAGGAGAUUCAGGAGUUCAUCCGGGACCUGUUCACCCCCAUCGGGCUUGAGCUGGGAUGGGACAGCAAACCAGGGGAAGGUCACCUUGAUGCUUUGUUGCGAAGUUUGGUUUUAGGGAAGCUGGGGAAGGCGGGACACAAACCCACAUUGGAGGAGGCCAGACGGAGAUUCAAGGACCACGUGGAGGGAAAGCAAAUUCUGCCUGCAGAUCUCAGGAGCCCGGUGUAUUUAACAGUGUUGAAACAUGGAGACAGUACCACAUUGGACACGAUGCUGAAGCUUCACAAACAGGCAGACAUGCAGGAGGAGAAGAACCGUAUAGAACGAGUGCUGGGUGCCAUCUCUGCUCCCGACCUCAUCCAGAAAGUCCUCAACUUCGCCAUCUCGGAAGAGGUUCGUCCUCAGGACACAGUGGCAGCAAUUGGGGGUGUGGCAGGAAGCAGUAAACAAGGCCGGAAAGCUGCCUGGAAAUUUGUCAAAGACAACUGGGAGGAGCUUUACAAUCGCUACCAGGGCGGUUUCCUCAUAUCACGGCUCAUCAAGCUCACAGUUGAUGGAUUUGCUAUUGACAAAAUGGCUGCAGAAGUCAAGAGUUUCUUUGAGAGCCACCCGGCACCGGCGGCCGAGCGUACGGUGCAGCAGUGCUGUGAGAAUAUCCUCCUGAACGCAGCCUGGCUGAAACGCGACGCAGACGACAUCCAACAGUAUCUACUGCAGCGCAAAGCGCCUCCUGUCUGAGCCACCGCCCUCACCACCUCUUCAAGCCCCCUCCCCCCUCCCUCCAGCGCGGACCUCCCAGCAUCAUAGCUGCCUCGGCCCCCCCUCAGUGCAGACCAGAGCGGGAGAGCAGAGCGUACUUUCAGCAGGCUUCAUUUCUCUAAAGAAACAGUACGAAACAAGACUAAGUCAAGAAUUUAACAAGGUGUUGGAAACACAGAGAGACUCUUUCUACGUUAACGAAGCAAAUCCAUCUUAGUGAGACCAGGAAUGUAGUUUUACCCCCACUCUGCCCAUGAACAGGUACCGUUUAAUCAGCGAUCAGCGCGUCCAUGAAACGCACUCAAAAUGGCCGCAGCCCCCUGCAUCACACACCUUCACCCACCUCCACAUCAACGCUGACAAAACUGUGAAUCCCCAGACUCCCCUUUCCCACUCCUUUGUCCCACUGCCUCUAAAAGAAUGCAUGAAGUCGCUGCUUUUGUUUCUUUUCCGUUUGCCUUCUUCUCUCUCCCCUUUUCCUUUCAGGCGUUAUUGGGUGAAAUCAUACUUGGGCAGAAUGGGGUUAACAACAGUAGUGUGUGUUGUAGUUUCAAGCAGCACUGAUUUUUCCAUUGCUAAUAAACGGUUAGGAUGAGGCGAGCAGCGCUAGCAUGGUACUACAUUGUAAACUGUAAAAUGCAAGCAGUUUUGCAGACGAUGUUCCUUAAAAGAGAAGUUCAUGGCUACCCGUUUCCACCUCCUUCCCCUCAAAACCCCAUCGAACUCUGUUCACUCAGAGUUUGUAUAGUUUGAAUCAGUAUCAAACAUAUUUAAAAAUUUCUUUAUCUGCCACCCUCAAUGAAAUGAAGAUAUUGGCGUGUUUUUAUAAGACAUCAGAUGCAGUGAUUUAUUUAAAUGUUGAUGAGAUAAUCUUAUAUUCAUAGGAGAGAAAAAAGAUCACAACACUACUUUUCGGGGGCCUUUUCAUUCCAAUGUAACAUCAGGAAAUGCCUCCUUUGUCGAGUUGAGAGUCCGCUAAGGCCCAGUCUGGACUUUGAAGACGGAUUGACUCGACUCCGCUGUCGAACUUGGAAGCCUUAAAUUGGUCGGCUGGUUUGCAGUAAAUAUUAAAAGCUGAAGUGGUGAUAAUAAAAAGUCAAUUGUAUCUAAUGUGACGGAUUAUGCAGACUUGUUGAACGAGUAUAUCUAUAUAGAAUUUACAAUUUGAUGUGGUUUUUGAAAACAUACCAACCGAAGUCAUUCAACCUGUUGUUGAGACUCUUCCCCCUCCCCCGAUCAUUUGUUGUUUGUUUUUUUUUUUUCUUUUUUGUUUAAAACUACAGUUGGUGUUCAUUAAAAGGAAAAACAAUUUAUGUGCAAAUUAUGUGACAUUAGUACACUUUUCUCUAAUGAUUGAAAUGUGUGUGCUGAGAAACAGCCCAGCGAACGAUUUUCCACCAAGGUUCAAUGAAGGGUUGAAGAACAUUUGGGAGACAUUUAUUUUAGGUAUUCUGUAUGUUUUGUUUUGGUCAAGUUAAAAAACAAGUUAAGACAAAUGUCUGGGAACGCUCAUGAAACCUUGGAACCUUUAAAGGCGCAAUAUGUAACAGUUUCCAGUGGGGCCAAAAAACCCAAACUAAAAAUCCAUACAAUAUUAAUCCUCUCAAUAAUCACCUCUGAUUCUCAGAUCAACCCAGGUCUCAUUCAGUCCAUCGCUAGUUUAACCUCCCCGCUGAGGAGGAGCUGAGUUUCACCAGUUAGUUUACAAACACUAGCAAUGUUACAUAGGUUACAUUAAGGACUAAUGUAAUUAAAGGUUCCAAAGGGUUUUGAAGUGUAGACAUCCAUGACCCUCCAGUGAGCAUUCCAUUAGAGUUCUUAAAGGUUAUA